CCACAACCAGCCAAUUGUCUUGUCGAUCGACUGAACGCCACGACACUGCUGACCGCCACCGCUGACCGCCACAGCUAACCGCUAACCCCCGCUCCCCAUCCCCCCCUCCCACACACACACAUCACAAACACCCCCAUCAUCAUGUCGUUGUGCAAGCCUGGAGUGCUGAUGGGCAUCCUUGCGGUGCUGCUGUACCUGCUGUUUGUGUUUCCUGUCAAGUACUUCCCCGUGCAUGACAGCGGGGCCAUCUUGAUCACUGGCACAUCCACGGGCAUUGGGCGCCAUGCGGCUGUGGAGCUGGCCAAGAAAGGGUACACCGUGUACGCCACCGUCCGCAAGCAGGCCGACGUCGACAGCCUGAAGAAAGAGGGCGUCAACACGCUGAUCCCCAUCGUCAUGGACGUGACGAAGCCCGAUCAGAUCGCCAGCGCCGUCGACACCAUCAAGAAGGGCGGCCACAAGCUCAUCGGCCUCGUCAACAACGCCGGCAUCUCCGCGCGCGUCCCCUUGGAGGCCCACGAUCUCGACCGCAUCCGCUCCAUGUUCGAGGUGAAUGUCUUUGGCGUCGUCUCCGUGACCCAGGCGUUCCUGCCCAUGAUCCGCGAGAACAAAGGUCGCAUCGUCAACGUCGGCUCCCUGGCCGGUUUCAUUGCCAUGCCGGGCUCAGCCAGCUACAGCGCCACCAAGUUUGGCCUGGAGGGCCUGAACGACGCCCUCCGCCGCGAGAUGGCCCCCUUUGGCGUCAGCGUGUCCAUUGUUGAGCCGGCAUACGUCUCAACCGCCAUUGCCUCCAAGUCCACGGGCGAGGCCGCCGCCACGCGCUGGGUCUCGCGGGAGAUGCAGGACACGUACGCGUGGUUCUUCGCCGACUUUGAGGAGAAGCGUCUCAAGGGCGAGGCGCUUGCCGAUGGGCCCGAGGUCACCACCAAGGCCAUCACACACGCGCUCACGAGCCGCACCCCGGAGACGCGCUACAUCGUCGCCAACACGUACGGCAUCCCCGCCAAGAUUGCCGCCCUGAUCAACUGGCUUCUGCCGGAUCGCCUGGGCGACAUUGUGCUUGCCAACGACGCGUCCAUCAGCGGCGCCGCCUCCAAGACCGCCAAGGGCACCAACUAGAGCAGCACAGGCAGGCAGCCGGGCAGCCAGGCACCGCAAGCAACCAGGCAGACCUGUGCGCAGGCACAGGCUCAUUGCAAGCCAGCUAUGUCGACUGUUGUUGAUAUCACCAUCAUACACCCUGUUCACAAGCUGUCUGGGCGCUCUGUGUAUGUGUCUGAGCUGCUUGUGUGCUUCUGCUGCGUUGUGUGCAUGUGGGUUGUACCUUGCUUUGUGCAUUUAUCCAGGCCACGUCUCUACCAAUGUGUGUGGAAGUUGCGUGCAUGUGUGCACGUGUGCACGUGUAUGUGUCGUGGGUGGAGCUGUUGUACACGUGUAUGUGCCGUGUGCGUGCUGUUACGUCUUGCGCUCCAAUCAUCUGUGUAUGCUGUAUCCACUCUGCUUUGUUUGUUUUGUUUGUGUGUUCUACUGCACUGUUGCUGCCUUGCCCUCUCCGUACCCCUCGCACGUCGUUGUACCAUUGAUUACAUUUUCACCAAGAGUACACUCGCCAUCUUACGUCA